GGAUCCCAAGCAAAACUGCAAAGUAAAAAAUUCGACAAGCUAGCUAAGCCACCCCCAUCAUGGAGAUGGAGCUAAGUGCAGCAACGCUCCUCUUCGUCUUCCUUGUCUCCUUGCCAAUUCUUGUGACCUUGCUGAGCCGCAAAUCAACUCCGACCUCCAAGAAGAGGCGGCCUCCAGGCCCGUGGAACCUCCCUUUGAUUGGAAGCCUCCUCCACUUCGCCAAGUCGCAUCCGCCGGCCGUUCUUCGGGACCUGGCCAACAAGUAUGGCCCCGUGAUGUUCCUCCGGAUGGGCCAGAUCGACACCGUCGUGAUAUCCUCGCCGGCGGCGGCCGAGGAGGUUCUCCGCGAGAAGGAUAUCAUCUUCGCGUCGAGGCCGAGCACCGUGGUUUCGGAGUUCUUCUGCUACCAAAGCCUCGAUGUCGUCUUCUCGCCAUAUGGUGCUUAUUGGCGGACACUGCGCAAGCUCUGCACGGUGGAGCUCCUCAGCGCAAAGAUGGUGCGGCAGUUCGCACCCAUCAGGGAUGCCGAGACGCUGUCCCUCAUCAGAAAUAUCCAAGCUGCUGGCCGAGGUGGUGGGCCAGUCCAUCUCGCGAGGCACCUCUUGUCCUGCUCCAACUCGAUCGUAGCAAAGGCGGCUUUCGGCGAGGUUUGCAGCAGCGAGCUCCGGGACCAGUUCCUGUCGGCCAUGGCUAUGGCGUUAAACUUCACCGGGGGCUUCACCUUCGGGGAUGUCUUUCCAUCGCUGCGCUUCAUCGAUGUCGUCACUGGGCUUCGGCGAAGGAUGUGGCAAGCACGCAUGCAGCUGGACGACGUCUUUGAAAAGAUCAUUGCUCGAUCUGAGGCACAACGAGGUGAUGACCUGGUGAGCGUCCUCCUUCGGAUCAGGGACGAGGGGGAGCUGGAAUUCCCCAUCGGCACAAUAAACAUCAAGGCAAUUAUAUUGGAUAUGUUCGCUGGAGGGACAGAGACUACAUCGUCAGCUACAGAGUGGAUCAUAUCAGAGCUCAUGAGGAACCCAGAUGUAAUGGCUAAGGCACAGGCCGAGGUGCGACGAGUAUUCGACAACGUGAGCCCACAAGACCAUGAGGCCAAGAUGGACGAGCUGCACUAUAUCAAAAUGGUGAUCAAAGAGAGCCUGAGGCUGAACCCAGUGGUGCCAUUGCUGAUUCCCCAUCUCUGUCGGGAGACUUGCAAUGUAGGUGGGUUCCAAGUCACGAAGGGCACCAGGGUCAUGAUCAAUGCGUGGGCCAUGGCAAGGAGUCCCGAGUAUUGGCAUGAUGCUGAGAAGUUCAGGCCAGAGAGGUUUGAGGAUGGCAUGCUUGACUUUAAAGGCUCUCGGUUCGAGUACUUGCCAUUUGGGGCAGGGAGGAGAAGGUGCCCUGGUGAUACCUUCGGGUUGGCUGUAUUGGAGCUCAUUAUUGCACGCCUUCUCUACUACAUCGACUGGAGCCUCCCAGUCGGGAUGGAGCCGGAAGACAUUGAUAUGGAAAUGAUCGUUGAAGCAACAGCUAGGAGGAAGAACCAGCUGCACCUAGUGGCAUCACCAUAUAAGGUGGUUCCUAUGCAAUGCUGAUCGACGUGAUAGUCAAGUAUAUGCUUGAUGGCCAGCAUCUACGGUUGGCCGCGUACCUCAUAAGGUACAUGUCUUGUUUGGCCAAUGGGAAUGCACAAAUAAAUACAAAUACAACUACGUUCAAUGGCGUGGGUACUGCUCCAUUGAAGGUACAAGCGAGUAGGAUAUUAUAGGAAGUCCAACAUAACUAUUUUCAGGGCGAGUAGGGGGAGGGGCCGGGGUGGCCCGCAAUCGUUUCUGUUUCCCGUUAUUUUCUAACAUUUGGAUUCCUGCCAAUUUUGAUCUAUCAAACUAGUCCGCCAUCAA